AUGGUUAUCAAGCGCAAUGAGCCAUGUUACGUCCUAGGUGUCGGCAUGACCAAAUUCAUCAAGCCAAGGGGUAAAGUCGAUUACACUGAGCUUGGUUUCGAAGCUGGUAUCAAGGCUAUGCUUGAUGCACAAAUCAAUUACGAUGACGUCGAUCAAGGAGUGGCAUGUUAUUGCUAUGGAGAUUCGACCUGCGGACAACGUGUCUUUUAUCAAUUCGGAAUGACCCAGAUCCCCAUCUACAAUGUAAACAACAAUUGCUCAACAGGCUCAACAGGAUUGGCUUUGGCGAGAAAUGUCAUCAGUCAUGGAGGUGCGGAUUGUAUAUUGGUUGUUGGGUUCGAAAAGAUGAAUCCGGGUUCGCUGCAGAGUUUCUGGAAUGAUCGUAGUAAUCCAACUGGCACAUCUGGUGAAAUGAUGCGUGCCACUAGAGGUGUUACAAAUGCACCUGGGGCUGCGCAAAUGUUUGGUAAUGCAGGUAGGGAAUAUAUGGAAAAAUACGGUGCCAAAAAUGAAGAUUUCGCCGAGAUUGCGAGAGUGAACCAUGAGCAUUCGCAACGAAACCCAUACUCUCAAUUCCAAGAUGUGUAUACUCUAGAGCAAGUCAUGAAAGCUCCCAUGAUUCAUGAGCCACUCACAAAAUUGCAAUGCUGUCCUACAUCAGAUGGAGGGGCCGCAGCUGUUCUAGUUUCACAAGAUUUCCUCGAUGCGCGCCCACACCUCAAAGAACAAGCAGUAUUGAUUGCAGGUCAAUGUAUGGCUACUGAUGCUCCAUCGCUAUUCUCCAAAUCCGCAAUUGACCUUAUGGGGUUCGAGAUGACAAAGUUUGCAGCAAAGACUGCUAUGGAGGAAGCAAAGGUCACACCUGCAGAUAUCAAGGUCUGCGAGUUGCAUGAUUGUUUCUCGGCAAAUGAGAUGAUCGUUAUCGACUCUAUGGGUCUUUCUCCGCCAGGAAAAGCUCAUGAGAUGGUGAGAGCUGGAGAUAUUACAUAUGGCGGCAAGAUGGUCAUCAACCCCUCCGGCGGAUUGAUCUCAAAGGGCCACCCACUCGGAGCCUCAGGAAUUGCACAGUGCGCUGAGCUUGUCUGGCAUCUUCGUGGAUGGGCAAACAAUCGAUUGGUUGAUGAUACAAGAGUAGCUCUACAACACAAUCUUGGAUUAGGCGGGGCUGUUGUAGUGACUGUCUACAAACGAGCCGAUGGAAAGACAAAUGCUCCUGUUGAUUCCGCCGAAGUUGGAAAGAAAAACAAGUUGGGUUAUAACCCAGCUGUGGAGGCAAAAGGAUUCACAGAACAGCAAGCUACUAGUGUGAGGAGUAAGACGAAGUCUAGUGCUUGGGCUUUGGGUGACGUGGAGAAGAAGGUGGAAGCGAGGUUUUGA